AUUUCCCGAAGAAUCCGGUUAGCCCAAAGCACGCGUCCCUCCCGCCCUCGCCCUCUCCUGGUCAGAAGAUCCGAAACAUCUGUUUCCAAAAGGGAGAGGGAAUGGUCCCUGUCAUCCAGCCAGCCUCUUUUCAGGUCCAUCUGUUUGAAGAUCCCUGGAUGAAGAGGAUUGUAUUGAUGUUUCAGGAAUCAGUGACCUUCAAGGAUGUGGCUGUGGAAUUCACUCCAGAGGAGUGGAAGCACCUGGAUUCUGCUCAGAGGAACUUGUUCAGGGAUGUGAUGCUGGAGAACUAUAGGAAUCUUGUCUCUCUGGGGCUUGCUGUUAGCAAACCAGGUAUUAUCUUCCUUUUGGAAAGAGAAGGAACACCAUGGAUUCCAGAGAGAGCCAUCCCAGGAGGCACCUUUCCAGAGCACCUUAGUUCAGAGACUAGGUGUGCAACAACAGAGACAACUCCAAACUUCCCCAUUUCUGUGGGAGACCCACUCCAGAAUCCCUGGGAUUCCAAGUUUGCCGAAGUGUGGGAGUGUAAUAUAAACUUAGAGCAACAAAAUGGCAAGCAUGAAAAACAAUCCCAGCAAGUGAAAGUCAUCCACAGGAAAGCUUCCAAGUUUAAGGCUAAGACAAGUAAUGCCUUUGGUCUGGAAUCAGUUCUUGUUCCAAAACACAAAGUUCAUAGGGGGAAAUGUGGUACAUAUGGAAAAAGCUUCAAACAGGGCUUAGAUAAAAGUAAAUUGAAUGGACUCUCAGCUGAGAAAAAAAUUUAUGAAUAUCACAAAUGCAGGAAACGAUUGAGUUGUCAUUCAGAUCUUACUCAACAUCAAAAGAAAAAGAGUAAAGAAAAAUUGUAUGACUAUGGAAAAGUAUUUAGUAGCAAUUCAUCCUUUAUGAAUGAUCCAAUAAUUCAUCCUACACAGAAACCCUUUCAUUAUAAUGAAAAUGGAAAAUCCUUUAGCUGUUCUGGAGACCCAAGUAAACAUAAAAAAAAUCACACUGGGAAAAAACCCUUUGAAUAUAGUGAAUGUGGGGAAUCUGUUGGGUUCUGUGGGGACCUGACUAACCAUAAGAAGUGUCCAACAAGUGAGAAACCCUUUGAAUGUAACGAAUGUGGGAAAUCUUUUGGUUGGCGUGGAGAUCUUACUAAACAUAUGAGAAUUCACACUGGAGAGAAACCCUUUGAAUGUAAUGAAUGUGGGAAAUCCUUUAAACAGCCUGGACACCUUACUGGGCAUAAGAGACUUCAUACUGAAGAGAAACCUUUUGAAUGUAAUGAAUGUGGGAAGUCCUUUAGGUGUUCUGUAUACCUUACUAAACAUAAGAUCAUUCAUACCAAUGAAAAACCCUUUGCAUGUAAUGAAUGUGGGAAAUCUUUUAGGUGUUCUGGAUAUCUUACUAAACAUAAGAGAAUUCACACAGGUGAGAAACCUUUUGAAUGUAAUGAAUGUGGGAAAUCCUUUCAACAGAGUGGUAAUCUUACUGUGCAUAAGAGAAUUCAUACUGGAGAGAAACCUUUUAAAUGUAAUGAAUGUGGAAAAUGUUUUAGAAGAAGUAUAAAGCUUACUGCACAUAAGAGAAUUCAUACCGGAGAGAAACCCUUUCAAUGUAGUGAAUGUGGGAGAGCUUUUAGGUGGAGUGGAGACCUUGCUACCCAUAAGAGAAGUCAUAUUGCAGAAAAACCUUUGUAAUGUAUAUGGGAAAUCCUUUAGAUCACCGAGUAUAAAAGCUUUCAUGCUAAAGAGAAAAUCUUUGGCUCUAAUUAUGUAGUAACACCUUGGAACAACAUGGAGAUCUUAUUGACCAUAAGAGUGCUCAUUGGAGAGAAACCUUUUGAAAGCAGUGAAUACAAGCAAUCCUACAGAAGCAUGGCAAACUUGCUAAAGAUAAGAUUUUCUACUGGAAAAUAACAUUUGAAUAUAAUUGUGAGAGAGCUUCACCUCAGCCUGAUCAGCUUUCUGCACAAAAGGGAUUUCAUACAAGAGAGAAUCUAUUGGUGAUAAAUACAGAGGAAUCUUUUGGGUUGUCUAGAGACAUUACUAAACGUGAAAGCAUUCACACUGGGGGAAAAGGGCCUGUAAUAGUCACCUAGUCUCACUAAGCCUUAGUUCUCUCAUCUCCAAAAUGAUGAAUAUCUGUCCUUUAUCAGAGGUUUGUGUCAUUUCCACUCCCUGUCCCCCGUUAACUGUUUUUAUUGUGCACGUACAUAAACUUUUCCAUUUCAUAUAAUCAAAGUUGCCUCUCUUAAAUUGAUCCCAUCUAUACAGUCAUGAAAUUUGAGUCAGAAGAGACUUCAGCAGCCGUUUAGACCAUAAGUGAAAGGGAUCCCUGCUGUAAUGCCUGCCCCCAGGGAGAGGAGACCCAUUACUUCUUGAAGCUGUCCCACUCUUGUGCACUUCUAUUCCCUCUGAGACCAAACAAAAUAAGUCUUCCUCCACAUUAGGAGGCCUUCAAAUACUUGAAAACAACUAUCAUAUUCUCCUCACAUCCCUCUGUCACUUGAUUUGUCAUGAACUUAAUGUGGCUCCUAGCUCUUCUAGCUGAUAGACCCUGAUGGAGCAGUGGAGGGAACACUGGGCCUGCUGUCAUUUAAAUCCGGCCUCCUAGCUGUGUGACCCUGGACAGGUCACUUAACAGCUGUUACCUGUUUCUUCAACUGUCAAGUGGCAAUAAUAGCACCCAACUCCCAGGAUUGUGGUGAGGCCCCAAAGAUGGAAUGCUUGUAGAGCAUUUAACCCAGUGCCUGACACAUAAGUGCUUAAUAGAUGCUUAUGCUCUCUCCAUUCCCUAGGACCUGCCUCUGGAUACUUUCCACCUUGUUAUUCUUAAAUCCUGGUGCCAAGAGAUGAAUUCAGUGCUCCUGAUGGGGUCUGACAAGGGCAGAAUAAGCCAAACUUGUCUUCCCAUUUCUGGAAAUAUCAGCUCUCUUCAUUAGCCCAUGGUCAUGUUAUCUUUGUGGCUGCCACAUCACACUCCAAAGAGAUGCCCAAUUAUUUUUCACAGCUGCUUUCUAUCCAUUCUCCUAUCUUAUACUAUUGAAGUUGAUUUUUUUUUUAAUUCAAUGGGACUUUUAAAGUUUCCUUACUAGAUUUCAUCUUAUUAUAUUCAGCCCAUUGAUCCUUUCAAGAUCUUUUUUGGACUCUUUCAUCCACUGGGUUAACUAAUCUCUUUCCUGUUUUGCUUGUCUGCAUAUUUGAAGAAUGUAUCAAUAGCUCUGUCUUUUUGAAAGUCAUGAAUCCAUCCCUUGUCUAAGCCCUCUGUCUGCAAUAAUGAAAAGUGUUUCCUAACUCUGUUGCAGUUAUUUAUUCUAUGACUUUCUAUAUGUGAUCCUUGUAUUUAUAAACAUUUUUGGUGUGUAGUGUCCACUGUUAAUGCUAAACUUGAUUUCUGUCAUGACUUUUAAGCUUAAGGGUUUUUCAGUGUUGCAAGGGAGUGGAACAUUAAGUUGAAUCUGCAAAAACAAAAGGGAAGAAUAAAAAAAAUUAUAACAAAAUAUAUGAAUAAAAAGAAACUGGAUGCUUAGUAGGACAUCUUGUUCUAUGGCUCCAUCUGGUUCCUUCACCCUCUCAGCCCAGGGAAUAAAAAUUGGCUCCCUUUCACUAUCCUGGGUCUAUCUCAUUUGUCUCCAGGAACUGUCCAACCCAAUCUACAGAUAAAAAGCUUCAAGAGAGUAUUCAAAUAUUCUUUUCUGUGGCUUGUCUGGAGAAGAGCUUCAUACUUGUCCAACCUUUCAGAUCCACGCUCCCAGCAAAUUGAAUUAAGAAUUGGUAGCAAUUAAGAUAAAUUUAAAACUAUUGUUAGAAUCAGACAACUGACUUGUGUCUAACAGGUCUUUCUAUGGGCAUUGCUAACCACUUGUGUUCCUAGGGAAACAACCCAUAUGAAUUUGUGGAGAAUGCAUCAUCCCCACCUUCAGCCAAUCACUGAUCCAUGGUCCAUCCCUUCACUCCUUAGAGCUUCUAGGGGGAAAAAAGGGUAAGACCCCUCUAUCUGUCCCCAUACCUGGAGUAUAAUAGUUUCCCUUUAAGUCAAGACUGUACCUUGAACACACUAGUGUCCCCAGCGGAAUGAUGGGGACACAGAAAUGUGAGAUGAAGAGUGAAUAGCAGUAACUUAUGGUAUGGCAUCAGACACGGACCUUUUUUUAUACAUAAUUUAAUUUUAUGUUGAUACGAUCCCCAUAAUGAUCUUAUGAGUACAUCUUUUCUAACCCUCUUCUCGGGUUUGGAGUCUAAUGCUCUAAUAACUUCAUUGUAGAUGACCUGGACAAUCGUUCAGAGUUGUAAAUUGUACAGCAUAGUUAUUUAAAAGUAGACCCUCUGCCAUUAUAUUCAGGUAGCACAGUGUGGAAAGCAUGGAGUCCAGAGUUGAAUCCAAGUAAACAUAUGGCUGUAGACAUUAGGUAUGUGAUGCUAGGAAAAUCACUUAAUCUUGUUUAUCUCAGUUUACUCAUCUGUAAAAUAAGCUGAAGAAGAAAAUGGCAAAUCUCUCCAGUAUCUUUGUCAAGAAGACCCCUCAAAUAUUAAAGACAGAAGCAAUUAUAGUCAAUACAGUCAUUUUGUAAGUCACUGAUGUGAUAUGGUUAAAAACUUAGGAAUUUUUACAUUUCCAGUGGCGACCCAAGUUUCUACUGGCACAGCCACAUCAAUCCCUUGAGUGCAGAAGAGCUGCUGAGGUCAGUCCACUGCACAGUCACUGCACUGGCUGUUUCUCAUACCAGUUUCUCAUACCAUCUCAGGACUCGCCCCAUCACAUUCACCCCUUCACCACAGGAAGCAUCCAUGGCCAGUGGCAAGCCCACUUCUCAGAGCCAGAUUGUGAGAUUUCUGGUUCUGAUCUUCCUCCUCCUUUCCCCACAUCCUUCCCUGUUCCUGACAGACCAGAAACAUUUAUUUUCUUCAUGUUCUCUAAAACUAAGGAUUAAUAGCAUUUGCAAGUUCUGUCUCACUGUCAUCUGUAAAGGCUUUGGAGCACAGGUAAACGCUAGUACCAGUCAGUUAAAUGAAUGAGGUGAAUAGGAGCCUUUUUGGUGUUGUAGGCUUUGUCACCUACAGUCUGCCCCUGGUGACUUCUUACUGCCUGGAAGCAUGCUGCUAGGAGAGAGACAAUGCUCAAGAAGGAAAUCAGCCCUUCCUCAUCUGAGGCUGGCCCUUGGUUCUCUGCCUUUGUAUUUGUUCUUAGAGAUGAGUAAGAUCAGGGCUGUGACUUUUUGAGUGUUGAAAGCCCAGGGGAAUGAAUCACUCAGUAGAGUCUGCCAGGGUCUCUGCCCAGCCUGAAGAACAAUCUGAGAGCUAGCCCAGCAGUAAGUGAGGCAAGGGCUCAGUCAGUAGUGAUGCCCUUCCUUUAAGUGUGAGAUGGGUUGAAAUUUGGUUAAGACUGAAUUCACUCUCCCUAGAGACCAAGGUAAUAUUUGUGUUCCCAAGAUGUAUGUACAGGGGAAUGUUUGUAUUUCAGUUGUUAUAUCAUUAAAGUAAACAAAUAAAAGCUUUGUUGUUGGAUUGUCUGUUCGGUCAUUUCUGCCCCUCUGUGACCCCAUGAACUUUGGUCUUUGUCCAUGGAGUUUUUUUAGCCAAGAUACUAGAGUAAUUUGCCAUUUUCUUCCCUAGUCUGUCCCUAUUUUACAGAUGAAAGACUGAGGCAAAUAGAGGUCAACUGAUUUAUCCAGGAUCACACAGCAAGUG